GUUUUUUUUUAUCUCUAGGGUACAGAGGGUAGUGUAUCUGCUGACCGCACUGCAGGCGCGGAUUGUGUUCUAGUACUCAGGGCGGUUGGUUCAGCAAAUUGUAAUGUGGAAAUGCACAGGCUAAAAUCUUCCCAACGCGAAAAAGUGCGUCAGUUCAUCGCCUUCACUGAGACAAACGAGAGGACAGCGAUUACAUGUUUAAACCAGCACGACUGGCGGCUAGAUGUUGCCUCAGACAAUUAUUUCCAGAAUCCUGAACGAUAUGAUACCGAGAGUAGAGUGAUACUGGAUAAGAAGAAGCUGUCUAGUCUGUUUGAUCGCUAUAAAGAGCCUGAUGAGGAUGAUAAGAUAUUAGCUGAGGGCAUCAGCCAUUUUUGCCAAGAUCUAAGUCUAGACCCUGCAAGCCUUAAGGUGCUAAUUAUAGCAUGGAAGUUCAGGGCAGCCACACAAUGCGAGUUUAGUCGGAAAGAAUUCACAGAUGGGAUGACAGAAUUAGGUUGUGAUUCCAUUGACAAGCUUAAAAGUAAACUUCCGUCACUAGAAAAUGAACUUCGAGAUUCCUCAAAGUUUAAAGAUUUAUAUCAAUUUACCUUCAACUUUGCCAAAAAUCCAGGGCAGAAAAGUUUAGAAUUAGAAAUGGCUAUUGCAUAUUGGAGAAUAGUGCUUAACUCAAGAUUCAAGUUUCUUGACAUCUGGUGUGAAUUUCUUUUGAAUCAUCAUAAGAGGGCAAUAUCUAGAGAUACAUGGAACCUUUUGCUGGAUUUCAGCAACAUGAUUGAGGAUGACAUGAGCAAUUAUGACGAAGAAGGAGCCUGGCCUGUGUUGAUUGAUGAAUUUGUAGAGUAUGCUAAGCCUAGGAUAACCCAACCUGGUAAACAGACAACAGUAUGAUGUGAAGUGAUUGAGCGAGCGUGAGGUGAGCAUUCGUAGCACUCAACAUUGUUUAGGUGCCUGAUAACCCCCAAAUGGGUAGUGGUUUGCUACGCCAACGAUUCUUAGAGUUUGCACAUCAAUAUUGGACCUACAGUAGUACGCCAUGAUUUCAUGGUGAUUAUAGUACUACUUAUAUAGCAAACUCUGACAAUUAAUUCCAAUUAAAUGUUAGCAGCUUAGCUGUGCAACUUCCUGUGAAAAUUACCUUUUUUAGGAAUAUCAUCUGGCUAUCAUGUUUUUUCCCAUAAAGCAGUUUUUCUAUCUAAGGGAUGGGCUGGGCUAUAGUAGGUCAGAGCAGAAUGCUGUACGUAUAGUAAACACUGUAUCUUAUUACAUGAAAUUUUUGUGACAUUUCAAGUAAAACAAACUUUUCUACUAAAACAAACUUUGAUUUUUAAAUGCAACAAAAGUACAAAACUUUUAACUAGAACUAGACAUUACCUCCUAGAAAUAGACUAGGCUUUAAAUUGCUGAUGCAAACCUUCUCCAAUCCUUUUAAUGUGAAUGUUUUUAUGUCAUCUUUUACAAAAUUUCUUUUAAUUGCAUCUUUCAUUUAGCAUUAUUUUGAGAAUUAUAAAUUUUCAAAAUUUAAGUGUUGUGAAAAUUUCAUGUAUUAAGGGAUUUGUUACAAUUAAAUAAAAACUUUCAUACUAUUUCUAGGAUUAUGUGAUUAUUUCCAAUAUAUAUUCAACAGCUAGUUGCUACAUUUUAUCUGAAAGCUGAUUUUGAUAAUAAGAGUAUCAAAUAUCAGGCAGGACAGACAUGUCUGGUUUCUUGGUAAUUUCUUCCAGGCACAGUUAUUGCUUCUUACAGAGUAUGGCAUAAAAUCUUGUAAGCAAGUCUAUUAUUUGUGUUGUUUUUGUUUUGUUAUGGCCAUCAAUUUUGAUGCAGCAUAUUAAAGUAUGUUUUCUGAGUUUUUUUUAGCAUAACCUCCCUUAAGAAAUAUGGCUCAUCAAACAAGCAACCCUGACCUUUUAUAGGCUCAUUUUCAAUUUUUUAUAUGAAAUUCUCAUUCAUUCCAAAUCAAUAAAACAGAGUGCUUCUUCUCAAGAUGAAUACUGGGCUUGUUUAUGAGGUUUUAUGGUUUAUAGUUUACUCUUGUAACUUUUCAGUUAUGUAAAACAUAGACUUGAUUCUUUUAUAAAAUAUGAAAAACUGGACUGUACCUUGUAUAUAUAAUAAUGUAUUACUUAAGCAACUGUUACUUUAAGAAUAUAAGUCAUACCUAUUUUUUUAAUCACCUGUAUCUAAAGAAUCCCACCUGUCCAAAAAUACUGGUUUGUAAUGAAACUUAGCGUACUCCAUAGAUCCUUCACCCUUUCGGGUUUACCUGUAUACAUAGUGUGGACAGUUUUCAGAUGAAAUUAUUUGCAGUGGCCUUAUAUCUAGCAUAAUGCCCAAGUCUCUUCACUAUUGUUUUACUAAAAAUAUGAAAAUUGUCUAUGAAGUGAAUGCCUUACAAGCAACUUAAAGAGCCCUUGUCAGCCACACCUUUGUUGUUGCUUUCAACCAAUAUGCGAAGACAAAUGAUUAGAAGAAACCCCAAAAUAACCACCUGAAUACAAAAUCUUAUUCUUUAUUACCAAAUUCAAUUGAAAAUUUUGUAACAGUUUUCCAAAAUAAGCCGAUAAGAAUGGCUUAUUCUUUUUACUUUGCUAAGAUAAAAAAAUUGGUUGCUGACAUGCUUUUUAAGUCGUCGAUGUUUGGAUCAGAGAGGCACGCCUCAAUGUCAACAUAUUUUGAGGGAUACAGAGCAACUAGUUGUUAGUCAAAUACUUUUAAAAUAGAAAAUCUUGAUGUAAGAACUAUUUUCAUAUUUGUUCCUAGAUAGCAUCAUAACUCAUUGCAAUUUGUACAGCCACAACUGAUGACACAUUGAAAAAUACUAAUAAAGAGUUGUUACAUUUGUCAGUA